AUAGACAUAGUAGAUACUCUAUGAUCUACGCUUUCUGUUUGUUUAUGUUACGUGACUAUUAGUGUGACACAAUUUCAAGGAACAGUGCGUUGAAUGUUAAGAAAGAAAUACACAAGGAUUAUACAAUAUGAAAUGAGAGAUAAUCUUGGAUUUUUUUAUCCAAUACACUUUUAUCGACGGUACGCGAAUAUAACGCAUUUAAAGUGCCCGAUUUAACAUACAAACCGUACAUGGACUCAUGAGAUUAAUAAUAAUUUAAAAGUUAUAGAGAAAAUAGCUAUUGAGAUACGUACGCAUAAACCGAUAUUAUCCUUGAGACUUAUUAAACUCGUUUCAUAAAAAUUUUCGUACAUUUGAUUUUAUUGUGGAAUCGGCGAAAAGAGAGACGUAUCGACUGAAUUCGAUUUUAUAUUUUCAACGAAAAAAACUAUAUAUAAAGGGAGAGAGAGAGAGAGAGAUUUGCACGCGCGUUCAAAGAAUGGCGGGAAUUAUCUGUGCAUCGAUUUCAAGUUCGCGAUUGCAUUUGAAAGGGCUUGCGUGUUUAUUCUCAUCCAAAAGUAUGAACGAGGUCGGCGAGAGCCCGAGAUUACGUGAAUUCCGAAAAAAAUUACGCGAACGUACCCCCAUUGAGAAUUUAGAGGAGUUGGAAGAAGGUAAGCAUCCUUAUCAGGAGCAAGAACCUUUGAAACCGUUCCCGAAUAAUACGAAUCCGGAAACAGGCGAAAUCGGGGGUCCUCGCGGACCAGAACCGACUCGUUACGGCGACUGGGAGAGAAAAGGCCGCGUGACGGACUUCUAAACCUUCUGUCAUCUUAGAAGAAAAUUUAAAUUGUUUGUUAAUAAUAAGAAACUAUCUCAAGAAAUUAAAUGUCUACAUUAUGAUACAUCGAAUUAAAACGCGAUGCAUCAUAAAAAAGAAUUUCUAUUUUGUACAAUAAAAAUUAGAAAUAUAAAUUGUAAAGUUCA